AGCAGGAAGCUCGCGCCGCCGCUGCUCUGCUCCCUGGGCGCGUCCAGGACCCGCGGCGUUAAGCGCGCGGUCCCCGGACCCGGCGUGCGUCCCCACGAGGGAAGUGACCUCGCCGCUCCAGCCACUUCCCCGCCAGGCGUGCUGCGGGCUUCGCCUUCCUUGGCGAGGGGCCACGGAGAAAGCCGCGCCUACCCUCGCCCCCGGCCCCGCAGUCCUCCCGCCUCCUGGAGCGCCAUGGACGCCCCGGAGCAGCAGCCGGACCCCGACGGCGGGGACGCCCCCGGCCAUGAGCCAGGAGGCAGCCCCCAAGACGAGUUCGACUUCUCCAUCCUCUUUGACUAUGACUCUUAUUUGAAUCCUAUCGAAGAAGAGCCGAGUGCACAUAAGGUCGCCAGCCCACCCUCCGGACUCGCAUACCCCGACGAUGUCCAGGACUAUGGCCUCAAGCCAUACAGCCCCUUUGCCAGUCGCUCUGGCGAGCCCCCCGGCCGAUUCGGAGAGCCGGAUAGGGGAGGGCCCCAGCACUUUCUGAGCCCGGCCAAGCCAGCGGGGGCCUCGGGCCUGAGCCCUCGGAUCGAGAUCACUCCAUCCCACGAACUGAUGCAGGGAGGGGGCCCCCUCCGCGUGACAGACGUUGGGCUCCUGGUGGAGCAGCUGCCCCCGCCGGGGGUGGCCGCCAGCCCGAGGUUCACGCUGCCCGUGCCCGGCUUCGAGGGCUACCGCGAGCCGCUUUGCUUGAGCCCCGCUAGCAGCGGCUCCUCUGCCAGCUUCAUUUCCGACACCUUCUCCCCCUACACCUCGCCCUGCGUCUCGCCCAAUAACGGCGGGCCCGACGACCUGUGUCCGCAGUUUCAAAACAUCCCUGCUCAUUAUUCCCCCAGAACCUCGCCAAUAAUGUCACCUCGAACCAGUCUCGUCGAGGACAGCUGCCUAGGCCGCCACUCGCCCGUGCCCCGUCCGGCCUCCCGCUCCUCGUCGCCUGGUGCCAAGCGGAGGCAUUCGUGCGCCGAGGCCUUGGUCGCCCCGCUGCCCGGAGCCUCACCCCAGCGCUCCCGGAGCCCCUCGCCGCAGCCCUCGUCUCACGUGGCAGCCCGGGACGACGACGGCGCCCCGGCCGGGUACCCCACCACGGCUGGCUCUGCCGUCCUCAUGGACGCCCUGAACAGCCUCGCUGCGGACUCGCCUUGUGGGAUCCCCCCCAAGAUGUGGAAGACCAGCCCCGACCCCUCGCCGGUGUCUGCCGCCCCGCCAAAGGCCAGCCUGCCCCGCCACGUCUACCCUGCCGUGGAGUUUCUGGGUCCUGGCGAACAGGAGGAGAGGAGAAACUCGGCGCCCGAGUCCAUCCUGCUGGUCCCGCCCACGUGGCCCAAGCAGCUGAUGCCGGCUAUUCCCAUCUGCAGCAUCCCAGUGACUGCAUCCCUCCCUCCACUCGAGUGGCCACUCUCCAGUCAAUCAGGCUCCUAUGAGUUGCGGAUCGAGGUGCAACCCAAACCACAUCACCGGGCCCACUAUGAGACAGAAGGUAGCCGCGGAGCUGUCAAAGCUCCAACUGGAGGCCACCCUGUUGUUCAGCUCCAUGGCUACAUGGAAAAUAAACCUUUGGGGCUUCAGAUCUUCAUUGGGACGGCUGAUGAACGGAUCCUUAAGCCACACGCCUUCUACCAGGUGCAUCGGAUCACAGGGAAAACUGUCACUACCACCAGCUACGAGAAGAUCGUAGGCAACACCAAAGUCCUAGAGAUUCCCCUGGAGCCAAAAAACAACAUGAGGGCAACCAUCGACUGUGCCGGGAUCCUGAAGCUUCGCAAUGCCGACAUUGAGCUGCGGAAAGGCGAGACGGACAUCGGAAGAAAGAACACUCGGGUGAGGCUGGUCUUCCGCGUGCACAUCCCAGAGGCCAGUGGCAGGAUCGUCUCCUUGCAGACGGCAUCCAACCCCAUUGAAUGCUCCCAGCGAUCCGCCCACGAGCUGCCCAUGGUGGAGAGACAAGACACCGACAGCUGCCUGGUGUACGGGGGCCAGCAGAUGAUUCUCACAGGACAGAACUUUACUGCCGAGUCCAAAGUUGUGUUUAUGGAGAAGACCACAGAUGGGCAGCAAAUUUGGGAGAUGGGAGCCACGGUGGAUAAAGACAAGAGCCAGCCUAACAUGCUUUUUGUUGAGAUCCCUGAAUAUCGAAACAAGCACAUCCGCACAUCCGUGAAGGUGAACUUCUACGUCAUCAAUGGGAAAAGGAAACGAAGUCAGCCUCAGCACUUUACUUACCACCCAGUCCCAGCCAUAAAGACAGAACCCUCCGAUGAGUACGACCCCACUUUGAUCUGCAGCCCUGCCCACGGGGGGCUGGGGAACCAGCCGUAUUACCCACAGCACCCAAUGGUGGCCGAGUCCCCCUCCUGCCUUGUGGCCACCAUGGCUCCCUGCCAGCAAUUCCGCUCAGGGCUCUCAUCCCCGGACGCCCGCUACCAGCAGCAGAACCCAGCGGCUGUCCUCUACCAGCGGAGCAAGAGCCUGAGCCCCAGCCUGCUGGGCUACCAGCAGCCGGCCCUCAUGGGUGCACCCCUGCCCCUCGCGGACGCCCACCGCUCCGUGCUUGUGCACACGGGCUCUCAGGGCCAGAGCUCGGCCCUGCUCCACUCCUCUCCAGCCAACCAGCAGGCCUCGCCCGUUAUCCACUACUCACCCACCAACCAGCAGCUGCGCUGUGGGAGCCACCAGGAGUUCCAGCACAUCAUGUACUGCGAGAACUUCGCGCCCGGCACCCCCAGGCCUGGCCCACCCCCGGUCACUCAAGGUCAGAGGCUCAGCCCUGGUUCCUACCCCACCGUCAUUCAGCAGCAGAAUGCCACAAGCCAAAGAGCUGCCAAAAACGGACCCCCAGCCAGUGACCAAAAGGAAGUAUUACCUGCGGGAGUGACAAUUAAACAGGAACAGAACUUGGACCAGACCUACUUGGAUGAUGAGCUGAUAGACACACACCUUAGCUGGAUACAAAACAUAUUAUGAGACAGAGUGACUGUGAUCUUUGAUCCAAGAAAUCAAAGUCAAAGUUAAUGAAAUUAUCAGGAAGGAGUUUUCAGGACCUCCCGCGCGAAAUCAGACGUAGAAGAAGCCAUUAGAGCAAGACUCCUUCCGAAUCUGACCCCUCGGCGCCCCUGCUGCCCCCCCCCCCCCCCCGCUCCCCGUCUCCUUUCCUGCUCACCUCCCGGCUGGGAGCCCACACGUGGAACAAUGCGCGGGCACAAAGCUGACUCCUGGUUAAGGAGCUCUCCAUCUCUCUCUGUCAACGCCUUUUGAUUUUUGUCUUACAUCCCAAAGAGCAUCCUGGUUGAUCCGAAACCCGAAUAUUAAGUGCCUGCUGACCACAGCCACAUUCUGUAGAAGACAGGACACUGGAACUCACCUGAGAACUGAGUGACUGGCACUUGCGGGGCGGGGGCUGGGGACAGAAGAUGUGGGCGCUGUGAUUAAACCCCAGCCCUUGCGUUCAUUUUUCCAGGGGACAGAUAACAGCUCCUGGACCUUUUGAAGGAGAGGAGUUCUCAGAGCAACCCAAGAAACGUGGCCCAAGAGUCCGGCUUCUAGGCUGAAGAAACCCCAAACCCUUUUGGUAGAGACAGACAAGGAACCAUCAAUUCUUCGAGCUUGCCUAGUGCAUACCACGAGCUGGGCCGGCAGUUAAAGCUUUAUUUUUGAAUUCUCAUUCUUAAAUAAGACUGUCUUGCCCAGACAAGAUCACCUGUUAAAACUUCUUGGCGUUAAGUUAUGACAUGUACACGUUUAUUAUUAUUAUUUUUUAAUUUUUUUUCUCUGCUUCAAAAGGCUGGCAAAGGCAGCCAACGAUUGAGUCGUCCUGGCUUGCUGCUCUUCAAUCCCUGGGCCGUGGGGUCCAUACUAAGCAGUUUCCAUAGACUGGGAAGGGUGGCCCAGGCUACAGAGAGCGAGGGCCAGUUGCUUUUCAAAGUUCUGCUUUCUUUCAUGCUAAUAGCCAGAGCGCUUUCCCAUAAAGUAGUUAAGAAUCUCAAGCAUGUGCGUUGAAUUUUGAAGAGGAAUGGCAGAAAAGCUAAAUCAAUAGCAAAAUAGUGCAGGUAUUUUAGUUAAGUAGAACAGCCUAGUGCUUCUGUAGGUGGGUUUCUAACAAGACAGAGGAGAAGGGGUGAAUUCCCUCCUUACCCAAAACUCGCAGUUUAAAGUAAAGCUCAGGAUUUGGCCCCAAAGCUCAUUGCUUAUCCAAAGUGUGGCCCCCUAAAGACCUGUCUGCAUGUUCUCAUAGAAACACCUCUACUCAAGUGUGUCCCGUAGUUGGAAUGCCCUCUGCUGGGAUAAGUGGGGUGUGAUUCCCCCCACAACUGUUUUGCUCCACUGAACACACCUGUAGGCCUCACUAGUCUUCCUCUGUUGGUGCAGUUUUUGAAAACAACCCCUCAAAAUUCUUGGCAGAUGAGUUUUUAAUCACCCGGAUGUGUUUCCAUUUGCAUUUGCUGCAGACACCCCAGGACAAACUGGAGAUUCAUUGUCAGCCACUCAGUUGAAAAGUGAAAAUAUUCUUAGCGCUCUUCAAAAGACCAUACUUAAAGUGAUUUCUCAGUCCAGUCUGCUAAGGCAGAAGGCCUAAGAAGUAAGUCACAGCCAUUGAUUGUCCACUGUGGGGCUUCUCUAGUUAAGGUUACCCAGAAGUAAAACCUUCCUGAGAGUCGGGGGCAGGUGUGUUUGGCACCCCAGCUAGUAGACAAAAUGCCCAGGUUUGGGCCUUUGCACCUGUAUGUGAUCUUUUGGUGCAAACCGAGUAUUUGUUUUCCAAGCACAGAGUCUUAGCUAAAUUCUCUUUUAAAUGAACACAAUGAUGGUAAGAAAUUGACUUCUACUGCAAAACUUCUGGGAUGCUAAACACUUCCUCAUUAAUAAAGAAAGUUCCUUAGACUAGCAGCUUUGCCUAAAGAAUUGACUUCACCAGGGGAGAGUUACGGGUAGUUGGUGAAUGAUUUGUUCUCACUUGACCUGGCCAGGAGCCAUUUUUUUGCACAUGAGGGAAUUUGGUCUUUCCUCAGUUAUCUGAAUGUUUUACCCAAGUGCCUUCCUGCUAUUGUAGCAAAGUAGCACAACCUCAUUGUCCACGGGGUGAAAAAGGACUAAUGCAUUUUCCAUCCAUUUUCUAACCACGUUUGUGAAAAGGGCUUCCUGACAGCUCAAACUCCUGUACGUACACAUCUAUGAACCCCUCUUUUUCUAAGACAUCUCAGCUGGAUAUUAGAGGAAGCACUAUACCAAAUAGCCGAGGAAAAGAGAAACAAAAGCUUUAGAUGUGAGUUAUAAACAGGCAAGAGAAAGUGUAUUCGGGAACUGGCAGCUGCCAAAAAAGUUUUGUCAGUUACAGAUGCCAGAAGGAAAUGUUGCCAAGAGUAAUUAAUUGCUCAUGACAUAGUGUUAGUAGGGGAAGAAGCAACGAGAUCUCUGAAAGAACAAGAAGGUACGAUAUGGGUGUCCAAAUGGUAAAGAUGGGCGUGUUGCACGUGGGUUAGAAGAAUGGUUUAGUCGUGGUUUGCCCUUGCUAUGUCCAAGGUGAUGUAAAUAUGUAGCACCCAACAGAUACACCGUGUUGCUGAAUGUAGUAUAUUUCCAAAGGUUGUGAGUCUGCCCAAGUCUUCCUGUAUUGUACAAAAAUACUGCUGCUUGAUAUUAUAUAUAGCAAUCCAAAUUAAUUAGUAUGAUAUUAAAUUUUAUUUUCUUAACUGUAUUUUUAUGCUUUUGAUCUGUCCUCAAAAUAUUGCACCCCUGUUGGAAUUAGAAGAUAUUUAUGAACAGAAAUCUAAGUGUCUCUUUUUACAUGUAUGUUGAUGUUUAAGAGAAAUGAUGUAUUCUUGCAAAUUUUGUUAAUCAUUCCAGAAAACACUCCUCCACCACCCUCAAAAUCCCCCACCCUACCUAAGAACCUGUUAGUCAUUUACCUGGUAGAAGAAAGCAUCUCUGGAGAAGGAGGGGGGAUAGCUUUGUGGAAGAAGACACCACCUUUUUCUUGCUUGAGAAUGAUACUGACUUUCUUCACCCCUGAGCCUGGAUCUUGUCACUAAGGAUUGUAUUGUAAGCUGUCUAGAUGCCCCCUAAAAGAAGUGACCUAAUAGGUGAUUUUGAUUUAAAAAAAAAAACCCACCACCCACAAAACCUUGCCUGUGUUGUAUUGUAAUAGGAUUCAAAAAGAGUGCCUAAGUGCAGGCCAGUAUUUACAGAGCUGACCAAAUCAGAGCGCUGAUAGAGAACCUUGGAGACAUUAUCCAAAGGACAGCCACGGUUUUCCAGCAUGGAUAUAGCUGAGGAUGAACUGACUCCUUCCAAGCACUGAGAACCAAUGAUGCUGCAUUGCUCAUUUACAUCCAGCAGCUGUCUCAGCAAGCCAGCUCUGACCAGGGUAAAGGCUGUCACAUGCAGGCAGAUCCGAAGCUGGUAUGUUUUAAUAGUCACUCUGGACUAAAGUGAGGCUAAAUUAGUUUUCAUGCAACAACAACAGCAAAAAACCCCAAACCUUUCCGAGUGCUUUCUCUUUUCAGAAUUAAAAGGAUGUCAGGGGUCCACUUAACAACCAUGUUCAUUGCGUUUACAAGAGGCAUAGGGUUCUUGACAACCUAGGCUAACCUUUCCCAAACUCAUUUUUUUAGGGGGAGGGACAGCACUUCAGGGACCCCGCACAUCUUAACCUUGGGCCUCCCAGGCUUAAGAGCUUGGGCAUUAAGUCUCAUGAAGCCAAACCAGCUGAUUGCACUGUAAUUGAUUUUCUGCAUUCCAGCAAUAUGCUGAAGGAAACGCAGUUGUCACAUGCAACUGAUUGCAAACAUCAGUUUCCCUCAGCGUUCCUGAGUGUCUUGCUUGACUUACAGCCAACAUCACCAUCAUAACUUAGUUUGUUUAAAAACAAACUCUUCUGGUGGUUGGUGAGAGAGAGAGAGACUCCCUAAGCAAACCCCCCUCUGAAAAAGACAGGGAAUCCUGGGUGCCAGAAGUGAAAGGGUUAACACCCUACCUUUUUGCAGCUGUUGGCUGAAUACACGUUCUGUCCCCUGAGUUCAGGGUUUAAAAGGAACAGACAGCAGUGAUUGCUGGUUCCAUUGGGGGUGGGGGGACGCCCAUAGCAUUCUGACUGGCCUGAGUAGACCACAAACUAUUGGGACCACAAGCUUAACAUCCUGGACACCUCCUCGAAGAACGUCACUCACCCCUGUUGCCUCAACAACCCUCAGAGGGGAGAAAAUGUUGUCCGUCCUAAUAAAACUCUCCAACAAAUAGACGUCUCUCCAACGGGUGGUGCUGGCAGACCUAGGUUUGGAAAAUUCUGACUGUUAAAGUCAUUUGAAUACAUCACAUUCCUAUGCAAAUGUUGUUAAUCUCCAGUUUAAUGUAGUUUAUUUUUGCUAUAUGUAAAGUAUUUUUAUACAGCUUGUAUCAUGAUAGUUUAGCAAUAAAACAGUUGAAAGCAG